AUGUCUGAGCCAAAGACAUCUGCAUGGCAUUGGGUUUCCGAGUUGACGUUUUUGUCAUGCAGCUCCGCUUUGGCUGGUGCCUUGGGUGGCACCCCUAGCACUACGUUGGCGCUGGCCAGCGUUUCGCUGGACCCAACUUUAUCGUGUGUGAUCCUCGGUUCCUUGGCCACUUUCUCUGCUUUUUGGUUCAAUGCUGCAGUUCCCGAACAUGGGGCUGCAGAAGAGCCUGCCAACUUCGCGGACAUGAGCGACCUGGCUGUCCAGGAGGACGUGCACGCGGAGUGCUGCGACGCCGUAGGUGGCACUGGGAACGCCAUCAACAUCAACCUUCCGGACAGCAUCGGACGGGACAGCCAUGCUGCAGGAUCUCUUGUGCGCACACGCCCCAGUCUCACCGGGCAGAGUCUGAAUGCCCAGAGCUUCACAGCAGUCGGCCGGCUUGGAACUGGCAGCUGGGGUAUCGUUUCGCUCAUGCAGCACCAAGCCGGCCCGACUUACGCAGUGAAGCGCAUCGAUCUGAGCCACUUGGAGCCGCAGACGUAG